AUGGGCGACGCAUAUUGGAGGUACAGCGACAGCCGGCAGCCGUCUGGGGGAGCUUUUCAGAUGCCCUCCAAACGUCCUCGUUCGGAUUACGAUGUCCCUAGUGGCCAUGAUCUAGCUAGCUAUUAUGCUCAUGAAGAUGAGAGGGUCUCGCACCGUAUCAUCAGGGAUACAGACCCAAUUGGAGCAUCAUACGACCGUUAUCUUCGUAACUCGGUGCCUUCUUAUGGUAGUGGAGAGUCAACAAGGUCAAUGGGCAGUGCAAUCGGUGGACAUCUCAUGGACGACCCCCGCAUCACUGGCAUGGGAGUAUCUGACUCUGUAAUAAGCUCAAAGAGUCGGAGUAUGGGGGUAGGUAGUGGAAGAUCUGAAGUUCCUCUUCCCCCUGAUGCUUCCAGUACCCUGUUUGUCGAGGGGAUGCCUGCAAAUUGUACGCGCAGAGAAGUGGCUCAUAUAUUUCGCCCUUUCGUUGGCUACAAAGAAGUGAGGCUGGUAACCAAAGAGUCAAGACAGCCCGGUGAGCUCGUGAUACUUUGUUUUGUUGAUUUUAUGAGUCCAGCACAUGCAGCUACCGCCAUGGAUGCUUUGCAAGGUUAUAAAUUUGAUGAGCAUGAUCGCGAUUCCGUGCGUUUAAGGCUGCAAUUUGCUCGCUACCCUGGUGCUAGGUCAGGUGGCGGGCAUCGAGGAAAACGUUGA